AUGUGCCGUAAUAUCGAUAUACAGCAAACGGAAAAGACCAUGUUGUCAGACGUAAAUGACAUCGUCACAUUGGAAAGCAGUUCUAAUGAAGAACAAUUUCUCAACUUCAUUAAUCAGGCUACUGUCGUGAUACUUGAAAGUUGGCUGGUUGCAAAUGGGGAUGCAGCCGGGACACUUAAAUUUGUCUAUCAGCCAAUUUUCAGUUAUUGUAAUGAAGUCCUUAUCUCUACUGCUGCUAGCACCAUUCAAAAACUCGACAUAGAACAAAACCAAGCUCUACGUACCAUUACUGGCACUAUAAGAUUCACUCCUAUUCUGGCAAUGCAGUGUUUGACUGGAAACCCUCCAGUACGAAGCAUAAUUGAAAGAGACGCAAUCCUUCUUUAUGAAAGGCUAAUUCGCCUACCCAACAAUACAUUUUGUAGGGAUUACGACACCAACGCAAAGAGAAAUCUUAAAACACAAGGAGAUUUUUUACAAUAUGCCUUUCCGGCAGCUAAUGACAUAAAUGUCCACCUCAAUCCGAAACGUCUCUAUAGGCCUGUUUGCCCUUUGAGUUAUGGAGGGAUCUCGGUGUGUCUGAGUCUAGACAGGCAGGUUAAUAAGUGUCAUAUGAGAGAUCAACAGCUCCGUGCCAUUGCUCUAUCUACUAUUGAAAACAAAUUCCCUGGACAUACAUGGUUACACGUCUAUACAGAUGGAUCGAUGUUUAGCGAUGAAGACGGAGCUGGAGCCGGUGUGUAUUGUGAUCUUCUUUCGUGUUACUCACCAAUUGGCGCUCAUUCCCCCCAUUACGAUGGUGAAAUCGAGGCUAUUUAUAUCGCUUUGAAACAACUGGCAAACCACUCUUCAUCAUUCUGUACAGUGGUUACAUUGUCAGACUUCACGUCUGCGUUGGAAUCUUUUGCAGAUAGACAGUAUAAUACCCUGGAUCCUAGCCCACCGUGGGAUUCCUGGAAACGAGGUUGCCGACUUUUUAACCAAACAGGGGGCAGGGAUCCUCCAGAGACCUUUGAAAAGCCACUCCUUUCACGCAGUCAAACUCCUGAUAAAAAGAAGAUGUAA